CUGGACCACCGAGACAACGGCACGACCGCAGUCCUCCUGAUAAUUAUGUUGCCAUCAACAUUAUGCUAUGAUCUAAGCUUUGAAUGUGAGUUUGUGUCAUUUAAGACAAUCAAAGCAUGGGAUCAAGUCCUUCAAGCUUAGCAAACUCAACCAGAUUUGACUACGGAACCCACGAAACUGUUAAUCUUAGUGACAACACGUGCUCUGAGGAAAACUGUGUCAAACCUCACGACAACUACAGACAAAUCCUCAAGUUUUCUAUGGAAUAUCUGCCCGAAGAAUAUCGCGAGAACGAUCUUUUCGAGCUAGUCAAAGCAAUGGCUGGGCUGACUGUUAGAAUCUCUGUGAUGUACAGUAGCAAGAAAAGGAUGAAGCGCUGGUAUGACACCGACCAGCUCUAUCCAGGUUACGAAUGUAGAGGCAGCAAGACGUGCCUGCUAGGCAGUGGCAGAAUAGCCGACGUCUAUCAAGAUUCGACUUUGCGAAAACUUUGCCAAUGUCCGCAGUGUAGAUCUAGACAGGAUAGUGGUAAGAGAGAGACGUGGAUAGUUCUAGUGUUUACUGCUACUCACGUGGUCUACGACGAUACAGAAGGGAAAAAGUCCAAGUUAAAGUUACUGUAUGACUGUGAACCAGGGGGCAGUAAGCUAUUUCAUGGGGCCACGAAAAGGUGGUCAAGCACAGCAGGGGACUUAUGUCUACUAGAGUGUGUCACAUGUGAUAAAGCUGUGGCCGAAGAACUUUCAAAAAACAUUAAAUAUUUCAACAAAUUAUGGCGAAGCAUUGAAACCAAAUAUUUAGAAGAUACUAAACUUGCGGAAAACGACAGAAAAUAUCAAAAACGAUUGGUGAUAAUCGUUUCGCAUCCUCAUGGGGGUGACAAGAAAAUCUCUGUGGGUCACGUGAUAAGCCAAGAGACCAGGAACAUUAAGACAGACUUUUGUUAUAACUGGGUGUAUGACGCGCAGACAUGUAAAGGCAGCAGUGGAGCCCCAGUGUAUGUAUUCGGACAGAACUGGUUUAAAGAAGAAUAUGUUCAUAGUGGCGGUAACACAACUGUUAAUUAUAGCACAUUUUGGAGUGAAAGAGAUAAACAAUAACAGUGGACAAUGUAAACAUUUUUUGCAUAGGUGAGGUUUACAUUUAGCACCUUUGGAAUAAAUGUUUAAAAAAAUGUCAAUUAAAGAUUCGAAAAAAAAAGCUCAAAAAUCAAACAUUGAAUGUAAUUUGACUUUGGCUUUCUAUGUAUUCAUUUCUAAUAUAUCGUGCUAAGUACUUCUAGUGUUAUUUACCUACUAGAUACUCUGUUACAUCUCAGAUUAUCAAAACUUUGGCAAGAAUACUCUGGAGUUUUUAUUUUAUAACAUUUUUUGAUAUUACAGAUUAUAU